CUCUCUUACCCUGACACCCAUUAAUGCCCUUUCCCCUCUCUCCUCUCUCCCCAACGACCCCACCCCCCCUUUUUUUUUUUUUUUCAUUUCUCAUGCUGAUUGAUAGCUGAUAUUUUUUUUUUUAAUUAUUGACGACCACUAGCAGCUGAAUCUUUUUAUUUUAUUUUAAAGCCUUGGGUAUAAUUUUGUAAAUUUUUUCUAUUUUCUCUAUUUUUGUAAUUUUUUAAAUAUUUUCGUAAAAAACUCAGACUAAGGAGAGACGUCCAUAUAUCUGCAUCAUCAUCCACCACAUGUGCUGAAAAUCAUUCAACCAGCCAGCUAACCUGUCACUCAAUUCACCUGGACUGCUCAACCUAUUACUCAACUCAUCUGGACUGCUAUUUUCAUUUCUAUCUAUAAAUAGCUUUCCCUUCUCACAUUCUAGCCAGCCACAGGGGGAGAGGGAGAGGGAGAGGGAGAGGGAUAGAGAGAGAGAGAAGCAGAGACAUAAGCUUCAACAGUGAAAGAAAAAGAGAAUGGGGUGUGUUUAUCAUCAUGGCUUCCUAAUUCCAUUACUACUUGUGGCUUUGGCUUUCUCAGUUGCCUCUGCCGGUGAUCCAGCCCCUCUUCAAGAUUUCUGUGUUGCUGCCUCUACCACCAAGGAUGCUGUGAUGGUGAACGGUAAGAUCUGCAAAGACCCAAAACUAGUUGUGCCCGAAGACUUCUCCGUUUCCGGGUUCCAUAAACGCGGAAACACUUCCAACCCGCUGGGCUCGAUGAUCACCACGUUCAAUGUGGACUACCUCCCGGGGCUCAACACCCUGGGUUUAUCCAUGGCCAGGGUGGACUACGGUCCGGGAGGGGUGAACCCUCCCCACCUCCACCCGCGCGCGUCCGAGAUGCUGGUGGUGGUUGAGGGCACCCUCUACGCCGGCUUCGUCACCACCAACUCCGACUCCCGCCUCUUCUCCAAAAUCCUCCACAAGGGCGACGCCUUCGUCUUCCCCGUUGGCCUCAUCCACUUCCAGAUCAACAUCGGCAGGACUCCCGCCGUGGCUUUUGUCGGCUUUGGCAGCCAGAAGGCCGGCGUCACUACCGUGGCCAACCGAAUCUUCUCGUCGCAGCCGCCGAUCAUGGCCGACGUCCUCUCCACGGCCUUCCAAAUGGACAAGGAGAUGGUGGAACACCUUCAAGGAAUCUCCUGGUUCGAGAACGCCGCCGGUUAAAUUUGAUUAAACGAGUUUGAAGCAAUUUGCUAUUGAUGGGGAAAAACUAUCACAAAUCAAUUUUCACGCGACUGUUCUAUCAUCGAUAAAUUAUAACAAGUCAUGAUAUUUUACUUUCUUAUAUUUGUAGACCCCACUUCUUUAGCUGGAUGUAUGUUUCCUCAAUGUCCCGUCUAUUCACCGAAUGGAGAAGCAGAUGAUUAUUCAUCUGCUUCCAACUGUAAAAUUAAUUAGACGAGAAGGCAACCACUAGGCAAUCUGACCACUACAUAUAUAUAUAUAUAUUUAGCCCCCA